UUGUUGCUCGAUGGGUUCGAGUAUUCGGUGCCGAUGGCGACUAUGGAGGGUUGUUUGAUUGUAAGUACAAACAGAGGUUGCAAGGCUAUCCAUUUGUCUGGUGGGGCUACCAGUGUGUUGUUGAGGGACGGCAUGACCAGAGCACCGGUUGUGAGGUUUAAUUCCACCAAGAGAGCUUCCAAGUUGAAGUUCUUCUUGGAGGACCCUGAAAAUUUCGAGACACUUUCCAUCAUCUUUAACAGGUCUAGUAGAUUUGCCAGGCUCCAGGGUAUUCAGUGCGUGAUUGCUGGAAAGAAUGUGUAUAUCAGAUUUACCUGCAGCACGGGAGACGCCAUGGGGAUGAACAUGGUUUCAAAAGGAGUUCAGAAUGUUCUUGAUUUCCUUCAAAACGACUUUGAUGACAUGGAUGUUAUUGGCAUAUCUGGUUAGUUUUUUUUUUGGAUUAUUAUAUUUAUAUUUUUAGACCAU